AGGGGCGUGGCCACGUGGGCAUCAGGAAGAAGUAACCUGUUGAAUCUAUUUCUGCUCCCCACCCUUACUGCUUCCCAUAAGGGGGAAGCCGCAGACUAAUAAGCCUCUUCCAAAAAAGAGGUAAAGGGAGGUAGACAAGGGGCGGUGGCGGAGGCUGGCUACUGCAUUCCGUAGGAGGAGCCAACAGUUACUUUUUACCUGCUGAGUCCGGUGAACCAGUUCAUGGGGGCGGGGACCUGCAUAUGAGAAAAGGGCCAGGAUAGAAGAGCCCAAAGCGAUAGAACCGCAUGGCUUCCGCAGUCUGGGGGAGUGCCCCCUGGUGGGGCCCGCCGCCCCCGGCCCCAGCUCGGCCGCUCACGGACAUCGACUUCUGCUCCGGGGCGCAGCUGCAGGAAUUGACCCAGCUGAUCCAGGAGCUGGGUGUGCAGGAGAGCUGGAGUGACGGGCCCAAGCCGGGAGCCGAUCUCCUCCGGGCCAAGGACUUUGUCUUCUCUUUGCUUGGUCUAGUUCACCGCCGGGACCCUCGCUUUCCUCCCCAGGCAGAGCUCUUGCUGCUUCGUGGUGGGAUUCGCGAGGGCUCCCUGGAUCUGGGGCAUGCACCCCUGGGUCCCUACGCCCGGGGACCUCACUACGAUGCCGGCUUCACACUCCUAGUGCCCAUGUUUUCACUGGACGGCACUGAACUGCAACUGGACCUGGAAUCCUGUUACGCACAGGUCUGCCUCCCAGAGAUGGUGUGCGGAACCCCCAUCCGCGAGAUGUGGCAGGAUUGCUUAGGACCCCCAGUCCCAGCAGCACGUGAUUCGAUCCACCGAACGGAGAGCGAAGAAAGUUCCAAGGACUGGCAAAGCUCUGUAGACCAGCCGCACAGCUACGUCACUGAGCACGAGGCGCCGGUGUCUUUGGAAAAAUCACCUAGUGACGUUUCAGCGUCCGAGUCGCCUCAGCAUGACGUCGUCGACCUUGGCUCUAGCGCACCUUUGAAAACAAUGAGUAGUGACGUCACCAAGGCAGCCGUCGAAAGCCCAGUCCCAAAGCCGUCGGAGGCUCGGGAAGCGUGGCCCACAUUAUGUUCCGCCCAGGUGGCUGCCUGGUUCUUUGCUACGCUGGCGGCGGUCGCCGAGUCUCUGAUCCCUGUCCCGGGUGCUCCGCGUCUGGUGCACGCAGCUCGCCACGCGGGUUUCACCACCGUCCUCCUGGCUACCCCUGAGCCCCCUCGCCGCCUCCUGCUCUUCGACUUGAUCCCAGUGGUGUCCGUGGCGGGCUGGCCCGAGGGGGCUCGGAGCCACUCGUGGGCCGGUCCGCUGGCCUCUGAGUCGGCUUCCUUCUACCUGGUGCCCGGUGGCGGCACCGAGCGGCCGUGCGCCUCCGCCUGGCAGCUCUGUUUUGCCCGCCAGGAGCUGGCGCUCAAAGCGCGCAUACCAGCGCCGCUGCUGCAGGCGCACGCGGCGGCCCAGGCGCUACUGCGCCCGCUGGUGGCCGGGACCCGGGCGGCGGCGCCCUACCUCCUGCGGACGCUGCUGUACUGGGCGUGCGAGCGGCUGCCUGCGCUCUACCUGGCGCGGCCAGAAAAUGCGGGCGCCUGCUGCCUCGGGCUGCUAGACGAGCUGGGCCGAGUGCUCGAGGCCGGGACGUUGCCUCACUAUUUUCUGAACGGCCGACAGCUCCGUACGGGGGACGACUCCGCUGCGCUGCUCGGAGAAUUGGCCCGGCUCCGCGGGGACCCAGCCCGGGCCCUCCGUGCCGCGGUGGAGGAGGCCAAAGUGGCCCGCAAGGGGGGCGGUUUGGCGGGCGUGGGGGGCGGGGCCCAUUAAAGACGCUGUUCCUACCA